AUGAGUUCAAUCAUCUCGACUGAAGCAAUAUCAAAAGAAACGGUUUCUACAAAAGACGUAUCAUUAGACGAAAAUUCUUUAAGAAAUAACAUGAAUACUGUACCAAUUCACACCAAAGAAGAAGCAGAAGAAAGAGUAAAAGAUAAUGAUGCAAGUUCUACACAAUUUCAGCAGUUAACCAAUAAACCAUCAUAUUUACAAUUUCAGCAACAACAACAACAGCAGCAACAGCAGCAACAGCAACAACAGCAACAGCAACAACAGCAACAGCAACAGCAACAACAGCAGCAACAGCAGCAACCACAACUGCAACCACAACUGCAACCACAACUGCAACCACAACUGCUGCAGCAACAGCAACAACUGCAGCAACCACAACUGCAACCACAACUGCAACCACAACUGCAACCACAACUGCACAAACAACAAUCUUAUCCUCAAAUUAAUACAAUUUAUAGCCCUCAUCCACAGGUUACUAUUUCCCCAUCUCCAAUACCAUCAAUUUUUAAUUCAUCGACUCCUCCUUUAGGAUUCCAUCAUUCAGCAGUAUUUAAUGCACAACAAAAUACAAAUUUUAAUGACUAUUCUAAUGUUUCUUUUCCUCCUUCCGUGAGACACGCGCCAACUUCGGAAGUAUUCGAUCAUCCAAAAAGAGAUUCAUCAACGGAAGCAACUGGACAUGACUCUGUACCACAAAUCCAUCCUAUUCACAAUCCACAUCAACCUGGAUUUUAUUAUCCACAACAUUUUAUCAUUCAACCGCCGCCGCGUUCAAAUACCCUAACUACUCAACAAUUACCAAUUAACAAUGACACAAUCGUAGAGAUCGCAUAUCAACAACCAGAACAAGUUCGUUAUGUAGAGAAUCCUACAAUGAAUGGAGACGAACCUCAAUCGUUCAAUACACAGCUUAAGAAGCAACGAAAACUCGGAAGAAAGUUUUCAAGAUCCGAACCACAUCCGCAUGACGAAUACCAAAGAAACAAAAGUUUUUCUCUAAUGUGUCAACAACCAUGUUAUGACAAGGGAAGACCAACUCAGAAAUUUUGGUUCGGCAUUGUCGUAAUUACAUUGAUUGCUGGCAUUGACACAAGUGUAUUUUCAAACGACAUAACAGCAGCAACCAUUGAAAACAAUGAUAGUUCUCUAGGGUCGGCUAUACGAGCACCGGAAAUGAUUCAUUUUCGAGCAUCACAAGAAACGUUGGUGGAAAUGCCAAUAAAUGAUACAGAAACACUACGUAAUCUCGAACAGGGCUCAGCUUCACAAUCUUCGCCGAAAAAGCGGGUUCCAAAUAGUGCUACUUUUAGCGUGUUUUUCUCAUUGAGUGUGGCUUGCAUUAUUAUUAUCCCCUGGGUUCGAGCUGGAAUGUGA